AUGCUUAAUAGUUAUCAAGAUAGUCGCAAUAAACAGUCAGAAAAACAAUUUAAUAGUAAAAUAAUGGAAUAUGACAAUUCGCCAAGUAUACUUGAAUCUUCAAGUCAUGGUAAUGACAAUAGCAGUAAUGAAGAUCCUUUAUCAGCUAGUGUUGAUACUCAAAUUAAUAAACAAAAUCUUUAUAUUAGACAAGUUGAUGAUAUUAAUUAUGAAGAAUACUCAGAUCUCUUAAGUUUAGAAAUACCUUCUUGGGUUAAUGAAACAGUUGAGUCAAAUGAGUUGCAAAGUCGAUUGAUAAUUGAUACAAUAGAACUUGAAAAUUUUAAGUCUUUUUAUGGUGUUAAAAAAAUAGGACCAUUAUCCACGAAUUUGUCAUGUAUUAUUGGACCAAAUGGUAGUGGUAAAAGUAAUAUUUUUGACAGUUUGUUAUUUGUAUUUGACUAUAAUAUUCGCAAAUGUAGAGCUAAAAAAGCUGCUGAAUUCAUUCACAAAUCAUCGCAAGGAAAUUGUACUUAUGCUAAAGUAACAGUUAAUUUUAAAAGAAUAAAAAAUGAUGGAAUUAAGUAUAUUGAUGUUCAGGAUUCAUUUUUUUCAAUUUCCAGACAAAUUACGGAAAGCAAUCGUAGUACUUUUUAUUUUAAUGGAUCAACAAUUAACAAGAAUGAUUUAAAAAAUAUACUUAAAAAGCAAGGUUUUGGAUUAGAUUAUGAUAGGUUUUUGAUAUUGCAAGGAGAAGUGGAGAAAAUUUCAUUGUUAAAACCAAAAGCUGAUAAACAAGGGGAAGACUCUUUGCUUGAUUUUCUUGAUGAAAUAAUUGGAACUAGUCGUUUUAAAGAACCUAUUGAACGUAUAAAUGAAGCAAUUUCUCAUCUUCAAAUGAAAAUAACUGCCAUAAAUGCUAAAAUACGGGAUUGUGAAAGAAUAAAAAGUAUGGUAGAAACUAAAGUAAAAGAAUCUAUUAAACAAAUGAGAAUUAAUAAUGCUUUUACUGAUCUAAAGUACAAAAAAUAUUUUAUUGAAUUAACAAGAAAUCAAGAAAUAUGUCAACAAAUUAAGGAAAAAAUACAAAAAUAUCAGGAAGACGUAAAUGGCUUAAAUAAAGAAGUCUCUACAGUUGAACAAGAAAUACAAAAAUAUGAAAAUGAUAAAUUUCAAUCAAUGAAAGAACUUGAUCGACUUCGUCGUGAAACUAGUGAUGUUAAACAACGAUUGAAUCGUAAUGACAUUGAUCUUCAAGCAGUUUGUAGUAAAAUAUCUAUAACUGAAGAUUCUUUAAAAAAAUAUGAAAAAAAAAGUGAAGAAUUACAAAAAGAAAUAAUGGAAUCACAAACUGUUUUAUUAAAUAUUAUUAAAGAAAAAGAAGAAACAGAAAAAAAAUUAAUUGAAAAUGAUAAACUUGAAAUAGUGUAUGAAAAAAAUAAAAGAGAAGCUGAGGAAAACUUUUAUUUAGAAAGAUCAAAAUAUGUUUCUGAAAUUAACUUUAGAGACGAGGAAUUUGUUAAAGCAAAAAAUGAUGUUAAUAGAUUAAAAAAUGAGGAAGCAAAGCUUCAAAUUGAUAUGGAGCAAAUGACUAUUAAAAAAAGAAAUAUUGAAGAAGAAAUAAAAGAUAUUCAAUUAUCGAUAACAUCAUUAAUCUCUACUAAAAACUUUGAAAUAGAAAAAAAAGAAAAAUUGAUUAAAGAAAUUAAUGAAAUUGAAAAGAAAACAUAUAAUUUAGAAGAAGAUUUGGUAUAUUAUGAAUUAAAGAUAAAAAAAAAUUCGGAUAAUAUUUCUUCAAAGACACUUGAGUAUAAUGAACUUAGUAAAGAAUAUGAAUCAUUAAUUGAUCAAGAAAAAUUUUCUCCAGCUUCAGAAGUUACACAAUAUUUAUAUUCAUUAAAUUAUCCCGGUUUUAAAGGACGUCUUGGUGAUUUAGCAUCAAUUGAUAAAAAAUAUGAUGUUGCUCUUUCUACAUUGGGUGGUUGGUCAUUGAAUAUGUAUGUCGUUAAUGAAGUAACAGAUGGUCAAUAUUUGAUAGAUGAAUUAAAAAGAACCAAAAAAGGUAAAGGCACUUUUAUUUGUAUUAAUGAGAUGAAAAAAAGAUUUAAUAAUAAAAAUAUUGAAAAAAAAUAUUUUCCUGGAAUAGUAAGAGCCAUUGAUAUGUUACAAAAUGUUUCUCCAGAAAUUUUACCUUGUUUUGAAUAUGUUUUUAGAGAUUCUCUAAUUGUUGAUAAUGUAGAUAUGGCUGUUCAAUAUAGAGAAAAUUCUAAUAGAUAUAUUCCAAAAAUAGUUACUUUAGAUGGAUGUGUUUUUGAAUCUUCAGGAAAAAUUACUGGUGGUGGUAAACCUAUAUCUGGGUUGAUUGGAAGAAAAAACUACCAUAAGACUACUAUGAGUGAUAAAUCAAAAGCUGAUUUAAAAAUAGAACUUUCAAACUUAAAUGAUAUGAUAAAUGAUCUCAAGAUGUUAAACGUAAAUGUAAUAAAUAAUAAAGCAAAAAUUAACGGGGAAAUUAAAAAAAAUAGGGCAACUUUAGAUAGUAUGAAAGUUGAACAUAGCAUUAUGGAAAAAAGCAUUUUUAAUUUAGAUAAUAUUUUAAAAACUAAACAAGACAUUGUAAUAGAUAAGCAAAAAGAUUUAUCAAACGUUGUAAUUGAUGAAAAUGCUUAUAAUGACAUCAAUAGGAAAAUUACCAAUUUAAAAUCAGUAAUAAUAGAGAAACAAUUAUAUUUAUCAGAUAAAGAAAAGGAAUAUAACAAUAUUAAAGAAAAAGUGUCUAAUAUUUAUAAAAAUUUAGUACAGAAACAUGUUAGUGAUUUUGAAAAAUGUCUUAUUAUUAAAAAAGAAUGUCAAGAUAAUAUAAAUGAUUUUAAGAAAAAAACAAUACAUUUAUCUAAAAUGUGUGAAAGAAAGAAGUUGCAACAAGAUACAAAUGAGGAAGAAAUGCAAAGAUUAAAAAGUUUAUUAGAAAAUUAUCAAAUAAGUGAACAAAGGUUUAAUGAAAUGAAUUGUAAUUUAAUGGAUGAAUUAAGUGAACUAUAUAGAAAAGCAGAAGAAUUAGUUAAUAAAACAAAUCAACGAGAUAAUAUUAAAAAACAAAGAUUGUUGUUAACUGAUUUAAAAGACAAAAUAUUCAAAAAUGUUCAUUUAAUAGAAGAUGAAGAAAAAAAAUUAAAUGAUUAUUGUAUUAAACAAAUUUCUUAUAAAAAAGAGAUUGAAAAUCUUAAUUACCUUUUUUACAACUCUAUGCAUUUAUUGCCUCCUGAAUUGAUUUGUUAUAAAAAUGAUGAACAAUUUUAUUCUAAACGUGUUGAUGAGGCUGAAAAAGAAUUUAUAUAUUCUUUAAAAAAUGAAACUUACAAUGAGCCAUUACUUAUGGUAUCUGUUUCUUUAAAAACAUUUGCUAAAGAAGAACUUCAACAUAUUAUUAAUGAUAAAGAAAAAAUUGACGUAGAAAUGGGAAUAAUUUCACCACAUUGCGAUGGAAUUUCUGAUACUGAUGUAAUUGCUAUGUAUCUUGAAAAAGAAAAAUUAUGUUUAACAAAUCGUUCAAUUUAUAGAAAGAUGAAUAACAUAUAUGAAAAUUUGCAAAAAAAAGCAUCAAUAUGGAGAUCUCAAAGAAUACAAGAAUUUUUUGUUGGUUUAAAAAUUAUAUCAGAUAAUGUAAAAAAUGUCUAUCAAGCAAUAACUUUUGGUGGAGAUGCAGAACUUCAGUGUUGUGAUAUGCUUGAUCCAUAUAAUUUUGGUAUCAGUUAUAAAAUAAGACCUCCUAAUAAAUCAUGGAGAAAAUUAAAUAAUUUAUCAGGAGGUGAAAAAACUUUAGCUUCUUUGGCUUUAAUAUUUGGUCUUCAUGAAUACAAUCCAACACCUUUAUAUAUUAUGGAUGAAAUUGAUGCUUCUUUAGAUUUUAGAAAUGUUUCUGUUAUUGGAAGAUAUAUUAAACAAAAAACAUCUAAUGCUCAAUUUAUUGUUGUUUCUUUGAGAAAAGAAAUGUAUGAAUUAGCUGAUAAAUGUAUAUGUAUAUGGAAAGUUAAAGAUGAAACUGUAGCUGGAUCCUAUGAUGUCGAAGGAAUUGUAUCUGAAAUAAAAAAUUGGACAAAUCUAAGGGAUAUUGACUUAAACAAAAUUUUUAAAAAGAAUUUAGAAUCUCUUAGUCAAUUAUUAAGCAUCGAUGAAUAA